UGUGCUUGGGGUUGUCGACAAUGACAGUGCAGCGAACUGUGAAUCUCGCAUCAUCAGUGCUGCAGCGAGUGGGCAGCAGUCACCUGGCUAUCGUCCGCCGUGUUGGCGCAUUGAAUUCACAAGCUGCUCCAGGACCAAAUGCGAUUGUGCCAGGGCGAAUCACACCAGUGCCAGCGCGGCUCGGUUGGCGCGGGAUGAGCACCUGGGCAACCGAGUUUGACAUCCUCCACAAGCCUGCAGACACUCGCGCUAUGGCUAUAGCAGAGCAAGUGCAACGCAUCAAGACACGGCUGGUACCCGAGGAAGCGCCAGAACGCGAGACGCCGACCAAAGGCACCAGCACACGAUCAGACUUGCCAGAGUCAAAGCUCGGUCGACACAAUACUCAAGCAAUUGUACCAACGUACGGUCGAGUUUUGACAAUCGAUCCAACUUAUAUCGACCAUGUUGCAUGCGCGAUGCGGGUCCAGGACAACCCAGAUUGCUCGAAGCAGGUGCUCUGCGCCGAAUCGUUCGCACCCUCACAUCGCUCUAACAAGCUGGUAAUCAUCGAUAGACCGCCCGUCAAGGCUGCAAAAGAUGUCUCGUCUAGCCCAUUUGAGCAUGACCAUAUACCACGGCGAACACGAGCAAACAAUCAAGAUUUUUCAGCGAGCUCGAACGUCGCCUCUCUGUUGCAAAGUGCGUCCACCGUGCUCAAGCAAGCCAAGCGCUCUGAAGCAGAGUUGGGUGCAGAAUACCUGCUGGCGGCAGCUUUGUUUGGCUCCAGUGCCCCGCGAAGCACCCUCACGAACGUAUCGCCAGCAGUCCUUCGUCAAGCUCUAACCGGCGAAUCCUUCGUUCGAUUCAUCUCGUUGCUCAACCAGCGAUUGGAAGGGAAGCCUAUCCAGCACAUCUUGGGUGAAUGGGACUUUGGUCUUCACACGCUGCACAUGCACCCGCGCGUGUUUAUUCCUCGCCCAGAAACUGAGAAACUCGUUGACAUGGUUGUGAAGGACUUGAAAUCUACGCUGCCCAGUUCGGCCGAGAACAACACCAGCAGCUGGAUCAACACCACGCCCAGUUCUACGCCCUCGGCACUUCAGAUCUCACUACUUGUCAAUCGACCACCUUGUAUUUUGGAGGUUGGACCUGGCACUGGCGCCAUUGGUCUGUCCAUUUUAGCAGAGUUGCCUGGGCUGCACUACCUCGCGCUAGACGUCAAUCCGUUCGCCUGUGAACUGACCCGUGUCAAUGCACAACGGUUGGGACUUGAAUCCCGGACGGCCGUGCAUCACGUAGCCUUUGAGCAGUUCACUCUGCUAGAAGGCCAGUUUGACGCCAUCGUCUCCAAUCCACCCUACAUCCCAUCCAGAGAGAUUUCCGAGCUCGACAUUGAAGUUCGCGGGUUUGAUCCUCACGUCGCCCUUGACGGCGGCGUCGAAGGUUUGGACGUCAUUGUACAGCUGCUAAAACGCGCAGCUUUGAUGCUUGUUCCUCAUGGCAAACUAUGGCUCGAAGUGGACGAAAGCCAUCCGCCAAAGAUCGAGAGCUGGCUUUCGAGCCAUCCUUCCUGCGGGUUGCGCUAUCUCAAGACCCAUGCCGACUGCUUUGAUGUACCCCGGUUUUGCGAGUUGAUUCGUGUCGACUGAGAGCAACUGCUUGUUGUGUUGAUCGCAUCAUCAGCCUUCCACAGUGGUUUGUAAACCAAUGAUGCGAACUCGAUUCACA